AUGAACUGUCUCCUUGAUCUAUACCCAGUUGAGGUACUCGCCCAAAUAUUUAACUACGCCAGAAUUGAAAAUAUCAUACAAUGGACUGAUAAAUCACACUUUCUCCAUGAUAACCAAAAUAUCAAAGCUGCCUUUGAUUACGCGUUGGGCAAUAGCAAACUCUCUUUUAACAAUCGAAUGAGACAACCUUCACUAUUUCUUAAAUAUCUACAAGAUCAUAACACCUAUGUUGACAAACGAGAAUUACAUUUUGUCCCCACACUUUCCAGGUUGCAAACAGCAAUUGAGUAUUGUAGCCAAGAAAAUAUCCAAACUACUGUUACCUUGAGUUACUAUGUUUGGUCACUCGAAGAUAUUUGUGAACUAUUGGAUUUUCUCAACCCACACAGUCAACUUAAGUACAAUAUCGAAAUUGAAUUUAAACCAGGACUUUUAUACGACGUAAAUCUAAACGAGGCUUUUGAUACGUUGUCGGAUGAAUUGAGAUCAAAAAUUAUUUCAAUUACAAUAAUAAACUACUCCGGCUCUCUUCAUUUUGAUAUUGACAAGUUUUCCAAUUUGCAAGAUCUAUGGCAGGAGAACAGUAACGUGAGUUUACUUCCGUCGUUUAAUUCCAGGGCAAACUUACGAACGGUGAAAUUGUUUCCUAAUCUAUGGGGAUGGAAUAACAAUCACGGAGUUUACUUACAACGGUCCUUGCCUCACGACUUGGAGAAAGUUGUUCUUGGUAAUUGUGUUAUUCAAGAACUGUCACAUGUGUACCCUAUCCCCCAGAAUGUGAAAUCAAUCCACUUGACUAAAUUAAAAGACCAAACUCCAGAAUCUCAAUAUGCAAAGCUGUUGAUCGAACAGAAUUUAGAGAAUUUACAGGAGUUGUCAGUUCAAUGUAUGUGGAAUGGUGAUGAUGAAAUGAUAGAUGUGAAUGACAUCUUGUUCAACAAUCAAGAGAACUUUCAACGAUUAAAACAAUUACAGUCAUUUGCUAUCAGUGGAUUGAACUUCCCCAUAAAUCUCGAGCAAAGCAAUUUAAAAUCAGUUACUAUUCUGUCUGUUCCAAGUGUUCAUAUUUUUGAUCAUUCAGUUCUCCCUGCCACGUUGAAAAAUGUAAACCUUCUGAGGAAUAAUAUAGUAGAUAUACGAGCUAUAGAUAAGAUUCUUCCUUCCAAUUUGGAAGUAUUAAUUAUUGCCGAAAAUCCUAUUAACUGGGUCACUUACAUUCCCAACUUUAAACGAUUUCCCCAAUUGAAAGUUUUGAACUUGACCAACACUCUAGUGGGUGAGAAUUUGGAAGACUUUGAGUUGUCUGAUUCAAUAGAAGAGCUAUCGCUUGAAAACAACCAGAUUAUUAGCAUUGAAAAAGUGGUGUUCCCCAGAAAUUUACAUACGUUGUACCUAGGUUGCAAUCUAAUCACGACAGUUGUUAGACCACAUUUCCCAACCUGUUUGAAAGAAGUGUACUUUACAGACAACAGUAUUUCUGGUUAUUUGGAGUUAAGUAAGAAUCAUGCUGAAGAAGAUUUACAAAUUGAAGUUCUCUAUUUGAAUUAUAAUGAAUUAGAGAGAUUUGAAGAUGUUCACUUACCUAAAACUUUGAAUAUUCUAAACUUUGACUAUUGUUACUUUACAAACUUGUCUGAUUACACCUUUUCUGCUUCUAUCAGAGAACUAAGUUUCACUGGCUGCGAAAUAGACAUUAUUAGGAACAUUUCGUGGGAACCAAAUUCACAAUUGAAACACAUUUCUUUGGCCCAGAAUAAGUUGCAAAAAGUCGAUUGGAAAUUCCCAGCUUCAGUAGAAACGAUCAAUUUGUCGGGUAAUAGAAUCAACUAUAUUGAUCCAAGCACAUUUAACUCGUUGUAUUGUUUAAGAAAUUUGAAUAUCUCCGCUAACAAACUUGAAACUUUCGACCAUAAUUUCAAUAUCAAGUGCAUUAGAGUUUUGGAUUUGUCGUUCAAUCACAUGAAAACAGUAAACAUAUCGUUUCCCAGGAACUGCAAUACUGAAUUGAGAAUUCUAAAUCUUUCUCUGAAUAAGUUAAACAAGUUGAAUGCAUUCCUGAUAGGACAUGAUCGAGAUCUAACUUUUCAUGACAAGUUGCUAGAGAUCGACAUAAACGGAAACAGAAUACGUGCUAGAGAUAUUGAGAACGACAAAUGGCACUUUCCUGCCAGUCUCAAAUGUUUGUUUAUGGGAUACACUCGAAAUCCCGAUAAGUUUGGUUAUGAUGUUGGUAAAAGUAUUAUUAAUAAUAAACUUUGUAUGGGUAAGAAAAUCGAUGUGCCUAGCAUAGCUUAGGCUCUAUAUAUCUAUAUACAAGAAUAGUGCAUCUUUUGUAUUCUAUUUCAUGUCUUUUAUUUGCAAGUUUCUUGUCAUGGCAGGCAAGGCAACUCUUAUCCCAUCCAAUUCUUUGGUCAUUUUAACUUGACAACCCAAUCUCGAGGUUUCAGUCAAUCCAAAUGCCAAAUCCAACAUAUCAUUUUCAUCAUCAUCUGGUUCAGGAAUAGAAUCAUAGUAGUCAGGAUCAACAAUGACAUGACAAGUGGAACAGGCACACGAUCCACCGCAGGCACCCUCCAUAUCUAAAUUGUGGGCCUGGGCAAUGUCCAAUAUGUUAUCACCCUCAGCGACUUCGUACGUAAACUGUUCCCCAUCCUUAGUUAUAAAUGUGAUGUGGAGUUCUUCUCCUGGGUUUGGUUUGUGUAUGUGGCCAUGGGAUCUAAUGGAGGUGUUGUGGAAUUUUGCGGUGAAGGUUUUGGUGAUGAUGGGUUUAUUAGUCAUUCUAGAAAUCAUGGGUUUGAUUGGUUGAGCCCUGACGGCAACUCUUGCUAAGCUCCUCAACAUUUUUCUUCCUGUGUCUUCUUCUUGUUAUUCUUCGGAAUGUAGCACUACUCUUCUCUUCAAAGGUCUAUUAGCAGUUCGUAACGGUUCGAAGUUGUUACUCACUUGCUCUUCUUGAAAUGCGGAUAGAAAAAAUUUUCGGAUCGAUAUUUUGGUUUUGGUGCAUCAAAGCCGAAUCCAAUUUCUUUUUACACGUGGAAGAUCUGCAACAGAUAUAUGUUUAUUAGAUAAGAACAAGCUAAAGUUAAGAAUUAAAAAAGAUGUAGACAAGCCUAUGAGAACUUACUGGCAAGAACUAAAAAUAUCAACAAAAUCAAAACUGCAAUAAUUCCGUAACUGAUAAACUUAUUCGCCGUCAACCGUCUAGACAUCGACUUCAAAGUCUGUAUAGACUUGUCAACAUAGUUGUCUGCUUGCAGGAGGGUGUUUCUAGCACCGCUGAUUUGUUCUCUUUGAGAUCUCAAGUCAUUAAGGAUGUUUCCUCCAAUAGCCUCGGUUUCCAACGCCACCCUUUGACUUUCUUGCAAUCUCUGUGACGAUCUCUCAAGCGAGGCAUUCGAAUUCAACAAUUGCUUUCUUUGCUGAUCUUGUAAACCUCCAGACUCAAAUUCCUGAUCGGUGUAUCUGUUUCCAAACAAUUCGUACUUGUCUUGAGAGUCUAAAAGCUCCUUGUAUUUAUGCUUGGUUUCGUCUAUUUGAGAUCUAUAUUGACGUAUUUUGGAAUUGUACGAAGAUCUUUGGUUCGAAGGGAGGUUCAACACUUCUAUUCCCAUUUGGUCAAGAACUUCCAAGGCUUCAUCCGAAGCAGCUUCGAUUGCCUUUAGUUGUGUUUUCCGUUGUUCUAAACGUGAGUUAGUAUUUCCUUCUUAGGAGACGGGGGAGGGAAUAUGUCAUGACCUUACUUACCUGCAUCAACAGAAUUUAUCUGAGCUAUCUUGGUUUUAGCUUCUUGUAAAGCCAACUGGAACUCUGACUCAUAAGUUUCAAACGAUUCUGGCAUUGUAGUUAAUUUUAUUAAACUAUAGUUCUGUUAUCACCACUGGUUCGGAUUUAAAGUGACUACAAAAUUGAGGCAAAAAAAGGGGAAAGCAAAAUUGGUUGUGAGAAUCACGUGC